ACAUAAUUAGUUUUGAGUUCGAGCUUUAUCGUUGCGAUUUUAGAUUUUUCAAAAAAAAAAAAAUUCACGCGAAAGAAUUUUACUUUAUUGCAUAUUUUCCGAAGGAUUUGAAAAACACACACAAAAUGAACAUCAUUGAUUCAUUAUUAUUUGUGAAGAAAAAUAGAUAUUAUCGUCAAAAAUAAAUAAAAAAAAACCGUUAAAAAUGCCAUCUCAUUUGAUUUUCAGCCACAAAAAAAAUGCUUCAAACGAAGAAUGAGCCGUCACAGAUAUUUUGACAUAGCUCAUCAUCACGCUGGAAUGGAUGUGAAGUGAAAAAGGCGGCAAAAUGAGUGAUUUGUUUGUGAUUAGUCGGGCGGAUAUUUUUGCCAUUUAUCCGAAAAUCCUCGCCAAUAUACUACAUGCGGAGGAAUUAAAACGUGCCAACGAAGGAGUUUUAUCGCGAGAUUUCAUACCAUUGCCAACAGACAGCGAUUAUCAAGAGCGUGUAUACUAUCGCCUGCUCACUGUGCAAAAGGGUAUCAACGAUUUAAUCGACAGUGGCAUACCAUUGGAGGAGGUGGUUGCAAAGAAAAUCAAGCAACAAUGGGACCCGGACGCACAAUUGAACAUUUCGCCAUUAUCAACACCAGCGUCGGGCUUUUCAUCGAAGCGAAAAAAGUGCAUCGUCGACGAUCCAAUGGAUUUUGUGGAUGCUCAUAUGCUGUCCGCUUGGAAUCUCAAUGACUUGACCAGUGCGGGGAAAUUGCUGCGUAAACCUCCGCUCACCUGUCAUUUCGAUGAUGAACAUGAAAUGCGACGAGUUUAUUCAAUGAUCUACGAUGUUUAUCGGUAUAAGCAUAUCCUGAAUCAGGCCUUGCAUGAUGUACAUUUUUUCGAACAUUUUCCACAGCUUCGAGAUGAUCAAAAUCGCGUUUGGCUACUACUGUUCGAUUUGCAUAUGCGCCAUUUUCUUAGACGAGACCCAAAAGAACGGGCGAGAGAAAAAGAACUGUAUCAUGAGUCAGAUUUGCAAGCUAUCUUCGACAACAUUUGGAAUAAUCGCAUUCAUUUGGCAGCAUCAAUAUCACGACUUCGAAUCAAAAAUAGUGCACUUAACUUGAUGGAAUUGUUGCCACCACAUUUGCAGGAUGACAAAGUUGCGAUUGCCACGGCAAAUCCUAUUGUUACUGGUUGGGUCAAUCCAUUUAAGUUGAAAUCGAAGGCGGAAGCGAUCGAGUCAUUCCGGAAUAAUGGAUUUAUUGAGUCUGAAGAAACGGAAGAUGGUGAAGUGGCCCUGAAACAGUGCCACUUUAAGUUUGAUAAAUUGUGUCCAUUAUUUGUGUCGUGCAUCCCAAUGUCGCGCGGACAAUUUGCCAAAAGUGUUCUGAUGAAAGAGCAUCAAUUUAUUAUGCAGGAUCGUGCCUUUACGUUGGGUCCGGUGAUUUUUUCUCGUCUGCUCGAGUAUUUCGAAGUAGAAGGUGAUGUUAUUCAAACACAUUUAUCAUCACCUCGAUCGAUUGCCUACAUGGCAGCCUUAUUUCAAGCCAAUCAUCGUGUGAAUGAUAUCAUCAUAUUUGGGGCUGGCCAACGGCUUAAAGAGUACAAUGAUUACAUGCGUAGGCUCGGUAUUAAUAACAUUCGAAUAAGAUCGGAGCAUUUCAACCAAAUGUCAAUCCAAUCGGUGGUAUUGGAGAAAGUUGUUGGUGUGUUUAUAACACCGCCGAAUUCAUAUAGUGCCAUUAAUGAUCCAAUUGAUUUGAUCUGUAGUCGGGGUGGUGAUCUAUCAAUGCUUGAAGUGUUAACAGAGUCCGAGAUGAGUGAAAGUGGAAAAGAGCGCGUGGUCAAAAUACUUGAAGAGCAACGUGAAUCACUGCGUCUGGCCAUGUCAAGACCGCAAGUUCAAUUCAUUUUGUACGGAACACAUUCGAUGGUUGAAACGGAAAAUAAAGUCAUGGUUAAUAUGGCCAUUGAGAGUGUUAAUCGGGCAGCUCAUGCUCGACAUGUGAAAAUUUACAAAGAGAAAAAACGACUCGAAGCUCUUGCUGAACAAGAUGGACUGAAUGCCGAACAAUUGGAGAAAUUGCAGGGUGUUUCGUCGAGCAAGAAGAAAGCCAAACCAAAAGAAGGGGAAACGAAAAAUUUACAUGAAUCGGAAUCGUCGUCGGAUGAAAGCGAAAGCGGCAGUGAAAUUCUUGAUGUUUCCAAUUGGAACAAUCCAAUUGUUGACGAUGAAUACAGCCAUGUUAAGGUGCCAAAAACGGACAUUUUCGAAAUGAUUGACAUCCCCGACAUGUGCUUGUAUCAAAACAAGUGCAUUGAAUCGAAAUCGGCUGGUUGCUUUUUGUCGCUAAUCAAGCGAAAGAAAAUAACACGACUAGAUGAAAAGCAUUUGAUUUUAAUGGCAGAAAAACGUGGACUGUUCGGCGAUACCAAUCCGAAAAAGGAACGGGCACGUAUCCAAAAUAGAAACGUUAAGAAGGAAGAACGAGUCGAUAUUCAACCGGUGAAAAUCAAGAGAAAGCGAAGCGAAGAAAUUGCAUUGUUGAUUGAUCGUUUGUCACAACAUACACACUCGUCAUUAAUUCGUUGUGAUAAAUCUCGAAAGUCAUCGCCUGACCAUAAGCUAAUACUGUUCUUUCCGCGGCUGUGUGAGUAUAGCUAUCAACAUCACAAAAGACAAGAGGAAUGGGUCAAUAGAGAGUGGAUUGAAUCAUCGUACAUGGCAUCGAUGCGAUUCAAGGCGUUGCGAGCGAAAAAAUGGUGGAAGGAAACGAUGACAUUUUUGAAUUCGAUUCGUGAAACGCACAAAUUUCGAACGUCAAACAUAUUCGAUGAAAUCGAAAAGAAAAACAUUGAACCGCUGCACCUGACACGAAUCUCAUCACCAGAAACGACAAGAGCAUCGGCCAGGAGAUAUCAUCGUCGUGCAUAUCCACUGUCGACUGGGUGCAUUGACUUUGAACAAGAUGAAAAUCGAAUUACACCACCAAUUUAUGACGAUCACUUCGUGGAGCUACAGCGGAAAUAUCGACGAAAGAACAAGAAAAGGGCUAAACAUUUAUUUCAAUCUCUCACUGAAUUGCAUCGCAUCGAAUAAACGAGCAUUAGUUCUGAAGGAAAUCAUUGUUCAAGAAAUUGAAAAAAAAAACUCAUCGAUAGUGAGAUUGAAUUUGAAAAAAAUUCUAAAAAAAAGAAAAUAUUCUGGUUUUCGAAGUGAUGUUGAUGAUUUUAAUUUAGUUUUUUUCCGUUUUCAGUCAUAGUUUCCCUGGCCAAAAGUUAUCACUCCAUCACUUUCGAUCGCUAUCAGCUGUUUCAAGCUGGUAUAUUUAUCAAAUAAAUAGAAAAAAAAAAUGUUCAUUAA